AUGAGGUUCUGGCGAGCUCUCGAGCUGUCCGGCCUGUUCAUGGCGACCGGAACAGCAGCUGCACCGCAAGAGCAAAAACCUAUGUCACUGCCACUGUCAGACCACAGCCAUGUCGGCCACUUCAGUGAAUGGAGUCGCCAGACCAAGAAAGAAUUCCUGAUAGACUGGCAGCGCGGCCGCGCCUCGGAAUGGAUCCUAGUCCAGGGCAACGAAGCCGGGGACCUGGACUCCAUGGUCGCCGCCCUGGCCUGGGCAUACCACCUCGACCACGCCACCGCCAACACGUCGAGCCCCUUGAAGGCGAUCGCCCUCCUCCAGACCGACGCCGACGCGCUCGAUCUACGGCCCGAGAACUCCCUCGUCCUCAAGCACGCGCGCAUGCAAGGCGGCCACUCCGACAUCCUCACCAUCGACGAGCUCCCCGAGGACCCCGAGACCCUCAGCCGCACCAUCCGGGGCGUCGUGCUCGUCGACCACCCGGAGCCGCUGCGCCGGUGGGACGACGCGGCCGUCCUCAGCAUAUUCGACCACCACAAGGACAGGGGUGCCGCGCCGGACGCCAAGCCGCGCGUUUUUGAAAAUGUCGCGAGCUGCACGACCCUGGUCGCGCGCCAGAUGCUGGACGAGCUCGAGGCGCUGCCGCGGGAGUACCACAUGCCGCACGAGCUGCUGCAGAUGAUUCUCAGCGCAGUGGCGCUCGAUUCCAGCGGCCUCAGGAAGAAAGACAGCUUCGCAGCCGACGUCCAGACGGCGGAGCGCGUGCUCGGGCGCAGCAGGUGGGCGCACCGCGAUCUGGACGACGUCAUGGACGACCUGGACGGCCAGCUCAGCAAGGCCAAGAAGGACAUCGACGGCAUGGGCCUGCGCGAUCUGCUGCGGCGCGACUGGAAGGGCGACCUCGUCGACACGCCGUCGGCGCGCACGCCGACCGUCAGCCUCGGCUUCGCCUCGGUGCCCUUCUCCAUGGACGAGCAGAUCGAGAAGACCGAGUUCCGGGAGCUGUUCGACUGGUUCGCCAUCGAGGCGGCGUGGACGGCCGAGAGCGGCGUCGACAUCAGCGUCACGCUGAGCAAGCGCAAGGUCCGCGACGCCAAGGGUAAAAAGAAGAAGAUCAGGGAGAUCACGCUGGUUGUGCGGAGCGAUGUCCGCAUCGACGAGGCCCAGGCUGAUGAUCUGUUCCGUACCGUGGUGAGGGCUAUUGAGGGAGACGACAGUCUGACCAAUUUGCGUCCUUGGCACGGGAAGGGCGUCGAGGAGUUGGGGGCUAGGAGGGCCAUCUGGACGCACGAGAGGUCGGAUGCGGGACGCAAGGUUAUACGGCCGCUGGUCGAGGCGGCGGUCAGGGGGUGGGAUUAG